AUGCGUACCUACGACGACUCCUUCAGCGGCCAGAAGAUCUACCCCGGCAAGGGUAAGCUGUACGUCCGUGGCGACAGCAAGAUCUUCCGCUUCCAGAAUGGCAAGUCCGAGUCGCUCUUCCUCCAACGGAAGAACCCCCGCCGCAUCUCCUGGACUGUCCUCUACCGCCGCCAGCACCGCAAGGGUAUCUCUGAGGAGGUCGCCAAGAAGCGCACCCGCCGCGUCGUGAAGCACCAGCGUGCCAUCGUCGGUGCCUCCCUCGAGCAGAUCAAGGAGCGCCGCACCCAGCGCCCCGAGGCCCGCGAGGCCGCCCGCAAGCAGGCCAUCAACGAGGCCAAGGAGAAGAAGGCCGCCGCCAGCGCCGCCAAGAAGGCCGACAAGGCCAAGAACGCUGCCGCCGCCGCCAAGGGUGGUGCUCAGCGCAUCUCCUCCAAGCAGGGUGCCAAGGGCUCUGCCCCCAAGGUCGCCGCCAAGUCUCGCUAA